AUGGCGUCUCGCGGAAAGAAAGGCCUCCGACCUGAGGAUCAGCAGCGCCUGAUGGAUGAAUAUGGGAUCUCCUUUGAUGGGCCCUUACUCCCUCGUGACUGGCCUAUUCAGCACAGAGAGAACUUUGCCAAGGUCCGACAGAUCAAACAAGAGACCUACGAUGAUUAUGGGAGAGACGGCAGAUUAGAUCACCGAUUGACGGUCUUGUCCACCGUUAUGCAUAUCAAGCAAGAGGCCGCCAAGCUCCGUAGCGAGGCGUAUCGGUGCCUCGGAAAUGCCGCAAGCGGUUCUGGGAGGCGGAUUUCCAGGCUGUGCAGACCGAGUGGGCUGCAGCAGCUGAAAAUCUACGAGAAAGACGCGCGAAAAGGUUACCAUGCACUUGCAGCAACGUGGAGAGGAUGUUAG